AUGUUAAAUAAUACAGAGACGUUUUCAACAAAGUCUUUGGAAAAGCCUCAAAUUAUUUUUAAGACAGGCCGGCCAAAAUUGAGAGGAGAAGGCCACCCAAUGAAGCCCCAUCGACUUACUUUAACAAAUCAUCUUGUUCUUGGUUAUGGUUUGCAUAAGUAUAUGAACAUUUAUCGUCCACGAAGAGCUACUGAUGAAGAACUGGAGCAAUUCCAUUCUUCAGAAUACAUUGAUUUUUUAAAGAGAGUAACACCAGAAAAUGCAUCAACUUUUUCAGAUAUUUCUAUGAAAUUCAAUAUGGGCCAAGAUUGCCCUAUUUUUGACGGCGUUUAUGAUUUUUGUAGUAUUUAUGCAGGUGCAAGCCUAGACGCUGCACGAAAGUUAAGUCAAAAUCAAACAGAUAUCGCAAUUAAUUGGAGCGGAGGUUUACAUCAUGCGAAAAAAUUCGAAGCUAGCGGAUUUUGCUAUGUAAAUGAUAUUGUUUUGGCGAUUUUAUCUCUAUUAAGAUAUCAUCCUCGAGUAUUAUAUAUUGAUAUUGAUAUUCAUCACGGAGAUGGCGUACAAGAAGCAUUUUAUUUGACCGAUAGAGUUAUGACAGUAUCUUUUCAUAAAUAUAAUGCAAACGUUGUAUCACCUGAUAAAAGCUUUUUUCCUGGAACAGGAUAUUAUAAUGAAAUAGGCUCAGGAAAGGGCAAAUAUUAUUCACUUAAUAUACCACUAAGAGAUGGGAUUGAUGAUCAAAGCUAUGUAAUGCUUUUUCGUGCAAUAUUAGAGCCAGUAAUAAAUUCGUAUCGACCAACAGCGGUUGUCCUACAGUGUGGGGCAGACUCUUUAGGGUGUGAUCGUUUAGGCCAAUUUAAUUUAAGUAUUAGAGGGCAUGGACAAUGUGUAGAAUUCAUUAAAUCAUUCGGUUUACCUUUACUCGUAUUAGGCGGUGGUGGAUAUACAAUACGAAACGUUGCACGAUGUUGGGCUUAUGAAACAGGAAUUUGUCUAGACGCAGAGCUUCCGGAUACUUUACCAUCUGAAACUCCAUAUAUUGAUUAUUUUGCACCUGAUUAUACACUUCAUCCAAAAAUUACUAGUCGAGUUGAAAACAAAAACAAUCGAAAAUAUUUAGAAAAUUUACGAAUGCAUACAAUUGAACAGCUUCGUUAUCUUAACAGCGCUCCUUCAGUUAUGAUGCAAGAAAUUCCUAACUCACUAUUCACUGAAGACGGAGAUAUUAAUACUAAUCAUUAA